GAAAGCAGCACCCAUCAUCAGGGACUCCCAGCACCCAGGUCACGCUCUCUUCUCCCAGCUGCCACCAGGGAAGCGGUACAGGAACCCCAGGACUCACACCACCAGGUUCGGGGACAGUUACCACCCCGCAACCGUCAGGCUCUUGAAUCAGAGGGGAUAAUUUCACUCGACUGUUCCCACAACCUAUGGACUCAGUUUUAAGGGCUGUUUAUCUCACGUGUUCAAUAUUUAUCGUUUAUUUAUUAGUAUUUACACGGUUUAUUGUCUUUCGCACACCGGACGGUCGUCCGUCCUUUUGCGGUGGGUGGUGUCUUUCACAGAUCCUAUUCUGUUUCUCGGGUUUCCCGAGUACGGCCGCAAGAUAAGGGUGUCAGCGACUCUGCUAAGAAAGAUUGCUUUGUAUGACGCUCUGCACACCAGGUUGGAGAGCUUAAGUGGGGCAUCAGAGCAAUCAUUCACCCCAGGAUCCUUCAGAGUGACGGGAUUCGACUGACAGUGGUCACCACAUGAUGGAAGAGUUGCCCAACGACAUCCUUGUGGACAUGCCUGCACCUGAGGAGGAUGGAAGUGUGCAAAUAAGCAGGCCCGCCCGGGAGGGCCCGUUACCCUGCACGCUCUGUGGGAAGGUGUUUGCCUAUCAGUCCACGCUGCGGCGCCACUGGCUAGCCCACACCGAGAUCCGGCCCUUCAUCUGCGACGUCUGUGGCAAAGCCUACAAGAGCAGCCAGGACCGCUCGCGGCACCGGCGGAUCCACACCGGGGAGAGGAUUGUCACCUGCCCCGAGUGUGGCAAGGCCUUCACCCACUUCUCGCACCUGCAGGCCCACCUGCGCACCCACACCGGUGAGCGGCCCUUCUCCUGCCCAGAGUGCGGCAAGGCCUUCGGCCACUCCUCCCACCUGCAGAGGCACCAGCGCAUCCACAACUGUGGGCGGCCCUUCUCCUGCUCCAAGUGCAGCAAAGUCUUCAGUCACUUUUCGCACCUGCAGGCGCACCUACGCCUCCAUGCUGUCGAGCAGAACUUCCCCUGCCCCGAGUGCGGGAAGGCCUUCGGCUACUCCUCGCACCUGCAGGCACACCUACGCACCCACACUGUCAAGCAGAACUUCCCCUGCCCCGAGUGCGGCAAGAUCUUCAGCUACUCCACACACCUGCAGAAGCACCAGCGUGCCCACAGCUGCCAGCAGCCCUUCUCCUGCCCCGACUGCGGCAAGACAUUUGGCCGCUCCUCGCACCUGAAGGCCCACCGGCGCACCCACACCUGCGAGCGGCCCUUCUCCUGCCCCGACUGCGGAAAGGCCUUUGUCCAGUCUGCCCACCUCCUGGAGCACCAGCGGGUUCACACCGGGGAGAAGCCCUUUGUCUGCCCUCUCUGCGGGAAGAGCUUUGCCCGGUCGUCGGAGCUUCACGCUCACAGGCGGAUCCACACAGGGGAGAAGCCCUACAUCUGCCCCGACUGCGGGAAGAACUUCAGUACGGCUUCAAACCUCAUGCAGCACCGGCACGUCCACACCGAGGAGCGGCCCUUCCCCUGCCCCGACUGCGGCAAGGCCUUCAAGAGCCCCGUGCAUCUGAAGCAGCACCACGUGAUCCACGGCGGGGAGAGGCCCUUCUCCUGCACCGUCUGCGGGAAGGCCUUCGUCCGAUACUCCAACCUACAGGCCCACCUGCGGCUGCACGCGAGGGAGAAGAAGUUGGCCUGUCCCGACUGCGACAAGGUCUUCCCCCACACCGCGAACCUGCUGGCGCACCGUCGCGCCCACACCGGCAAGCGGCCCUUCGCCUGCCCCGAGUGCGCCAAGACCUUCGUCUACGCCUCGCACCUGCUGGCGCACUGGCAGGCCCACGCCGGUGAGCGGCCCUUCCCCUGCCCCGAGGGAGGCAAGGCCUUCACCCACUCCUCGCAGCCGCAGGCGCCCCAGACUGCCAAUACCGGGGAGAAGCCCUCCGUCUGCCCCGUCUGCGGGAAGUGCUUCACGUGGUCGUGGCAGCUGCAGGACCACCAGCGGACUCACACGGAGUAGAGCGGCUACGCUCGUCCCGACUGGGAGUGGGUCUUCUCUCGGUCCUCCCACCUCUUGGCACAGAAGCAGACUCACCCAGGUGGGUCGGGAGGAGGUGGUAUUCAUUCGGGGAGCGAGUGUUUCCAUCCCACUGGGGGGCAUGUCUCUGUGUGGGGUUUGUCUGUUCUCCCUGCAAGCCAGUGGGCUUCCUCCAGCUGAUUCAGUUUCCCCCUGCGUUCCGCAAAGGUAAAUCAGUCCCGCGAGGGUCUCGGCUAGGGACAGAAUCUAGGGCUGGGACACCAACUCCAAAUCAGUUUCUCGAGGCAGCCUUGCGCACACGGACACAUGUGUCUGGCAGUGAACUUCAUGGGGGGGUAGAUACAACAGGGGAGUUAAAUUUAUCCUUAGACAGGCAGGGAACAGAGGGAUGUGGACAAGGCAUAGCCAGAAGGGAUUGUGCACCAGAUGUGAUUGGUGGUCACAGUACAGGCCAUUCGGCCCACAAUCCCUUCUGUCCACAUCCCUCUGUUCCCUGCUUGUCUAAGGGCAAAUUUAACUCCUCUGUAGUAUCUACCACCAUCCAGGCAUCUGCCUGGAUAUAAAGAUAUCAAAACCUGACCCUGCACAUCUCCUUUAAACUUGUCCCUUUGCACUUUAAUUCUGUCCCCUCUCCUUUUAGACAUUUACACCCUGGGAAAAAAAUCUGCUCUCUGUGACUUUCAUAAUCUUUUAAGCUUCUGACAGGCCUCCUCUUGGUCUCUGCCACUCCAGAGGCAGCAACAUAAUUAUCCCCUCACAGCUCCCGCCCUCAAAUCCAGGCAGCAUCCCGGUGAACCUCCUCUGCCCCCCUCCAAAGUCUCCACCUCCCUCCUGGGUCGAGAGGACCGCAAUCUGAGCCUCGGGAUUUGGAUCCAGGCUGGGAUACUCUGGGAUUCAGAGGGUGGGAAAGGUGUUGGUUGUGGGAGGCACCGUUGGAUUAGCCCAGGACGGUAUCUGAGGUGUGUUUUGUAAAUGUUAGUUGUGGGCGUUGGUGAAAUUCUGGGCCGUGUUUUCGUGUUGUAAAUCACCAUUCUUUCAGAUGCCCGUUAGGACAUAAACGUAGAACACACAGAGUACAGAACCGGUCCUUCAAACUCUGCUGACAUUUGAACCGACUCUGAGACCAAUCUGAAAUUGCCCCCAUUGUUCACUCAUUCUAAUUGCUAUCAAAGAGAAUCGUAAAUGUCCCCAGCAUAUCUGCCUGAGCCAACCCUCAAAGUUGAAGGUAAAUUUAAUAUCAAUGUACAGAUAUCUCACCACGUAAAAUCUUGAGAUUCAUUGAGAAAUCCGGCAGAGUCAAUAAACAAGAUCUACACACAAAGACUGAUAAAGAGACAAUGUGCGAAAGAAGACAAACUCUGCCAGUAAAGCAUUAACUAAACAGUUAAAUAAAUAACACUGAGUGCUUGAGCAACACUCAAAAUUCUGGAGAAACACAGCAGGACAGGCAGCAUCUACGGACAUGAGUAAACAGUCGAUGGCUUUUUCAUUUCCACAGAUGCUUCCUGUCCUGCUGAGUUCCUCCAGCAUUUUGUGUGUUUGUGUGUGUUGUUUUGGAAUGUCCCGCAUUCCAUCUGCAGAAUUUCUUGUGUUUAUAAGUUCUGGAGUCCUUGAAAGUGAGUCCCUGGGUCGUGGAAUUCCUUCAGAAUUGAUGCCAGUGAAGUUAUCCACGCUGGUUCAAGAGCCUGAUGGUUGAAGGGUAAUAACUGUUCCUGAACCCGGUGAUGUGGGUCCUGAAGCUCCUGUACUUCAUUCCCAAUGGUAGUGUUGAGAAGGGAGGUAGCCUGGGUGGUGGGGGUCCUUACUGGUGUGACCAGCACUUCCUCCAGCUUCUGGGCGCUUCUUCCCCUCUCGCCUCCUGUCUCCUCGUCCCCUCUCGCCUCCUGUCUCCUUGUCCCCUCUCAUGUCUCCUCAUCCCCUCUCACCUCAUGUCUCCUCAUCCCCUCUCGUCUCAUGUCUCCUCAUCUCCUCUUGCCUCCUGUCUCCUCAUCCCCUCUCGUGUCUCCUCGUCCCCUCUCUCCUCCUGUCUCCUCAUCCCCUCUCUCCUCCCAUCCCUUCCAUUCCCCAUUCUGGCUCCCCUCUUGUCCCUUCCUCUCUGCUCUCAUGACCUGACCAUCACCUCCCACUACAUCCCCUCUUCCUUCCCCUUAUUCCUCGGUCCAAUGUCUAUCCUAUUAACGUCCUUAUUCUCUUGUCAUUUACCUCUUCCACCUAUCAGAUCCAAACUUCUUACAACAUCCCCAGUGCCCCAACUCAUCUGGUCUCCCAUAUCACCUUGCAACUUGUGUUCCUCCACCUCUCCCGACAUCUAAUUCUGGCUUCUACCUUCUUCAUCACCGAUCCUGAUGACAGUUCUCAGCUCAAAACUUGUUGUGAAGAUGUCACCUUAAGGUCUUGUACAGUUGUACAGCUGCAGAGAAGGGGGGGGGGGUGUGGGGGAGCAUGAUGGAUAUCCAGUUUCCUGGGCCUGAGACCCUCAGCUUUCUGACUCAGGGGUAUGACCUUUUCAAAGGGUCAGAGUCGUUUGUGACAAAGUUAAA